AUUAAACAUCUAGGCAUGCAGACUGCUUCUACAAAGAUUUGUGAAAGAAUAGGUCGCUCUCAGAGCUCAGUGAAUUCAAGUGUUGUACAAUGAUUAGUUGCCACCUGUGCAAUAUGUCCACCCGUGAAAUUUCCUUGUUACUAAAUAUUCCACGGUCAACUGUUAGUGGGAUUAUAACAAAGUGGAAGCAACUGGGAACAACAGCAACUCAGCCAUGAAGUGGUAGGCCAUGUAAAAUGACAGAGCAGGGUCAACGCAUGCUGAAGAGCACACUGCGCAGAAGUCGCCAACUGUCUACAGAGUCAAUACCUAAAGACCUCCAAACUUUGUGUGGCCUUCAGAUUAGCACAACAGUGCGUAGAGAGCUUCAUGGAAUGGGCUUCCAUGGCCGAGCAGCUGCAUCCAAGCCUUGCAUCACCAAGUGCAAUGCAAAGCGUCGGAUGCAGUGGUGUAAAGCACAUCGCCACUUGACUCUAGAGCAGUACUUGCCUGACUGCAUUGUGCCUACUGUAAAGUUU